CGUGAGGGUGCACCUUCGGGCCGCCCGGGACCUUCGCUCCAAGGACCGUUUCAUGGGGGGGUUGGUGGAGGGCAAGUCGGACCCCUACGCCGUCCUGCGGGUGGGCACCCAGGUCUUCACCAGCCGCGUCAUCGACAACAACCUCAACCCCACCUGGGACGAGGUCUACGAGGUGAUCGUGGACAACGUCCCGGGGCAGGACGUGGAGUUCGAUCUCUUCGAUAAGGACAUCGAUAAGGAUGACUUCCUGGGCCGGUGCAAGGUGCCGCUGAGGCGGGUGCUGAGCAGUCGCAUCGUGGAUGAGGGAGGAGAGAGGGCCCCCCCCCCUUCCCCCCCCCCCAGGUCCUGCACAACAACAGCCUCCUGCAGCCGGCCCGUGGUGAGGAGCUCUCGGCCGCUCUCCUCUCCGUCUUCGUGGACCGAGCCGCCGACCUCCCGCUCCGGAAGGGCUCCAAGCCUCCUGCUGCCUUCGUCACCCUGGUCGUACAUGACAACUCCGUCAAGACCAAGACCUGCGCCCCGACCACAGAGCCCGUGUGGGACGAAGGCUUCUCCUUCCUCAUCAAGCGGCCGCACGUGGAGUCGCUGGAGCUGCAGGUGAAGGAGGAGGGGGGACAGUCCCUGGGGGGGCUCAGCCUCCCCCUGCCCCAGCUCCUGGCCUCCGAGGGGCUGGCUCUGGACGGAUGGUUCCCCUUGGCCGGGGGGGGGCCCAACAGCCAGGUCCUUCUACGGG